AUGCAUACAAAACCACCACUAAAGGUUCUCCACAGUUCGUGUAGGCCCUCGCCUGCGUCUGCGCCGUCGGGGAAUCCACCCGAAUCAACACGGCAAAUCACAGUCAAAGCGUCGGUCGGUCCUAGAAAGCAACCCGUGAGCGCGACGAAACCUCGGUCCACGAAGAGGAAUUGUAACGUACCCUGUAACGGCCCUGCCAGCUCUCGUCGCUCAUACAACUCUCCCCGUUCUCCAAGUUCGCCAUACCCUCCCACUCACUAACCCAUCGAUCCAUACCACAUUCAUUGAGCUUCUCUUCCCACUCCUCACUAUAAUCGACCCCGUCGAAGGAGCGAAUAAGUUUAUUCUUCAGUCCUCCCCUAUCGUCAUCCACUUUCCUCUGAUACCACCAUUGACCCGAGCAUCCUGCCGAACUCCCAAUGACGGACGUCUUCUUCCAUAGAGCCUUCACCAU